GGUCAGUGUGCUCCGGAGUCUGGAAGUAAACAGUUGGAGUGACUGUUGACAACUCAAAAACCUUAUUAGUCCAGUCACCCCCGUGGAACUUUAAAGCAGGAGCAGGGGGUGGGAAAGGAAGCAGAUAAAAAGCAAGUGAAAGAAAGGAGGAGGGGCAGGCUCUGACCUAGCCAGCCCUGUGCUCUCUUCCUGCCUAGCCUGGGCCAGUUUCCAGGAGCCCAAUGGCUAACUAUGAGUUUAGCCAGGUGUCUGGGGACAGACCCGGCUGCCGCUUCUCUAGGAAAGCCCAGAUCGGUCUCGGAGUGGGUCUCCUAGUUCUGAUCGCCUUGGUAGUAGUGAUCGUGGUCAUAGUUCUGAGGCCGCGCUCACCCCUGGUGUGGAAUGGGAAGCCUACCACGAAGCACUUUCCUGACAUCUUCCUGGGACGCUGUCUCAUCUAUACUCAAAUCCUCCGGCCAGAGAUGAGAGAUCAGGACUGCAAGAAGAUACUGAGUACAUUCAAAAGAGCAUUUGUUUCCAAAAAUCCUUGCAACAUCACAAGAGAAGACUAUGCACCACUUGUUAAAUUGGUCACUCAAACCAUACCAUGUAACAAGUCUCUGUUUUGGAGCAAAUCCAAACACCUGGCCCAUCAGUAUACCUGGAUCCAGGAGAAGAUGUUCACCCUGGAGGACACCCUGAUGGGCUACAUUGCUGAUGAUCUCAGAUGGUGUGGAGACCCCAGUACUUCCGAUAUGAACUAUGACUCUUGCCCACACUGGAGUGAAAACUGUCCCAACAACCCUAUUACUGUGUUCUGGAAAGUGAUUUCCCAAAAGUUUGCAGAAGAUGCCUGUGGUGUGGUCCAAGUGAUGCUCAACGGGUCCCUCAGUGAGCCAUUUUACAAAAACAGCACCUUUGGAAGUGUGGAAGUCUUUAAUUUGGACCCAAAUAAGGUUCAUAAACUACAGGCUUGGGUGAUGCACGACAUCGAAGGAGCUUCCAGUAACUCAUGUUCAAGCUCCUCCUUAAACGAGCUGAAGGCGAUUGUGCAGAAAAGGAAUAUGACGUUUGCCUGCCAGGAUAACUACAGGCCUGUCAGGUUUCUUCAGUGUGUGAAGAAUCCUGAGCAUCCGUCAUGUAGACUUAAUAUGUGAAGGAUUUGGAUCUUAGACCACCUAUAGCACAGAUUGAGAUGGAGGGGCCCAGAAGCAACACUGGUGGAAAGCUGAAGCCAUCAGGGAGAGGACUCUACUACAAUGUUAACACCAGAGAUGGAAGAACUUUCCAAUACAUUGUGACAAAAUGACACGAUCAACUUAGUGCUUACUAUAUACUACCAAUAUUCAAGAAAAAUUACUCCAUAAACCAGACUUAAACUUCUAUAUUGUUAUUUUGGUCUAACUUUCUCAUGUGGUGCUUUUAUAUUGUUUAUAUAUUGCUAGCAUACUUUUUCUCCCUCUCUUUUAAUUAGUUCGUUUUCUCCCCCCCCCUCAAACUGAGAAUCAAACCUGAGAACUUUCACACGUGGUGGAUAAGCCUAUAUACCACUGAGGUAAAUCCUCAGCACAGCUGGUAACAUCAUUUUUAUUGAAAAAUGCCCAAACUUCCCAUUGGACAAGGAAAGUCAAAUGUCAAGUUUAUCAAAAUGAAUGACUUAAUUUUUUAAUAUUUUUUCAUUCUUCCCACAAAUAUUCACAUGGCAAACCUGAAGUCACUGGGUCAUUAUAGGGAAGGUGCUCUGUGGGAACCACCCACAUGCCCUGUGCUUUAAUCUUUAACCCAUCCAACAUGUCCCUGAUAACUUUGAGUAUUAUUUUCCUUUUUUUUAAACAGGAGAAAAUGGAGUUUAGAGAGAUAAUUGAUUUUCCUAAAGUCACAUUCUUCAGAUCAUGGUUACAUCUGAAAUUAAAUCAGUUUUGUCAAAGUCCACAACAUAUGAUAAUUUUUUUCUUUUCUGAGCUUUUUAUUGCCCAAUUGAUAGUAGCCUGUGUUAUCAUCUAGCAAAUACAUUUGUAUUAAAUUGAAUAUAAUAAAGUCUGAAAUGUGAUCUUUAUGGGAGAUCUCAAAACUAA